AUGUGGGUUGUAUAUUUUAAGGGUGAGGCCUGUUUUUGGCUUGUGGGCGGCGAGUCGUACACGGUGGGAAAGAAGGACUGUCAAAUCAUCAUCAAAGAUGACGCGAGCAUCAGCCGAAAACAUCUCAGGAUGGAUGUUGGGGAGAUAUUAGCGGUAGAUGGAAAAGAGCACGUGGAGGAUGAAGAAGAGACGCCAGCGCAGAUGAUUCUCACAGAUAUGUCCAAAUAUGGCACUGGAGUCUCUCCUUCCUCGCCGUGUAGCAACGGCAUCAGGCGUGAGGCGACUGAUCUCAUCACAAGGGAGCUGCAGCUAUGCCGUAGUCAAGGUAGUGCCAACGAUGACGCAGAGGCGGAGGUGCUUCUGUCACAGUCGCCACAGAAGUUAAAUAAAGAUGAGCCGUUUCAUGUGCCCUGUGAAAAUGCCUCGUGGUGGGACUUCUCCAUCAAUCUCGGCACACACGGCGCGAGACUGCGGCUGCGGUGGACCCCAAUGCGUGUCCUUACGCUCGCUCUCGAAGAGGAGCAGAGAGCGAAGCUGAACUGUUACCUGCGUCGCUGCGGUGCCCACGUCGUGACCGAUUAUUACCGAGCGGACUAUUUUGUUACCUCACUUCUUACGCCUACCCCUGUUACCAUUGCCAUGUUGUGUCGCGCCGUGGACAUCGUGACGCCUGCCUUCUUUGAGGCACUGCGGAAUCGCCAGGGACCGCACGUGCCGCUGCCGGACCCGCGGGUGUACACGCCGCCACUUGCGGAUUUUUGGUCAAAACUGUGGGAUGAUGGGACAGAAGACAAGAGUGUUGGUGGCACCCACCCACAGGUGCAGUCAGUCGUGGAUGAUUCGGAAGGGCUGCGGCUCUUGUAUCCGCCACAGCGACAGGAUCGCCAGCGGCUGUUCGCCAGCCUCACAUUUGUUACUGUGCAGCGAUCGCUUUAUGAGGAGGUGAGGAAAUUUCUGCCUUGUGCCCAAGGGCGGGUGCUGUUGGAUGAGUCGUUGAUACAAUUAAAUAACGACUAUCAUUACGAGCGGGUUAUUGUCUCUUUCUACGCCGAACACCAGCUUCAUGUUGUUUUGUACAACAGCCGAGAGCGUCUUCCACUCCUCGACUUUGUGCCUGUCAUGCGGGAGCAACUGGGGCUCUGUUGCGUGGAGUAUUUUGACAUCAUCAAGAGCAUCGUCCGCGCGACACCACUCAUACUGACGCCCUUCCCGGAGAACCCCAUGCCGCGUUUGCCGAGGGCGAAUAAAAACGAGGAAAUAACUGUAACGGCGAAGAAAGUUACCGCGGGGGUGAAGCGGCCGCACGCUCCUGCGAGUCCCGGUGGGAGGCGCACCGAUCCAAAUCCUCUUUUUUUAGAGGCAGCCAGCGAUGGUGAGGUGGGGGCGGCAGAAGUCUAUGCGGAUUGUCGGACGGGAAAGAAGACAAAAAAAGAGGAGAAGAUGGACGGUUGGGUAACCCGCGAGCUCACGGCUUAUCCCGACGCCAAGGACCUCCUCCUGUUGGACCCACCCCUUCUUCCGUCGUAUCCGUGUUUCCAAGCGUACGGCGGCAGCGGUGGUGACGGCCCCACCGGUAUGAGUCCUGCCGUAGUGCCGUCAGGUGGUAAGUGCUUUCGGAAGCAAAACUUGGCUCUGGGCGGUGAAACGGUGGAGUUGGAGCUAUUAGCGAGCGGCCUGCCCGGCAACACGGUGCUGUCCACAACGCAUGACAUCGACGCCGAUGACAUCAUCCCGGUGACGGUGGAGAAUACGGCAAGGCGGUCAAGCGAAUUGCGCUUUAACGCCUUUGACGCGACGGCGCACCACCAUCAAUUGCUCAACAGGACUGCAGCCGCAAGGCGACGUGUAGGACGACGUGGCGUUGCGCACGAGGCACCCGCGAACGUGACGGCAGCGGGGGUGGCGGCUCCAGGGGGCGGCAUGGUCGCCACUUCAACGAAAGUGGGGAGUCGCAAAAGAACUGGAGGCGCCCCAGUGAACAUUUUUGACAUGGAGGCUCUUUUCUAG